CCACAGGAAAGCCAAUCAAUAGCCCAGUAUAGGCCAUGUGGGGCGGGACCAAGUGGUUACUAGACCAAGGCACGUUCAAAGAUAUCGUUGCUGCGAGAAGUCUAGUACUGCACCAGGGCGGAGAGACUGAGACCUGCGUAUCUAUUAGCCUAUUGGACACUUUCCGCUGGAUAAAAACUAUCGUCCAGGACAUUCCAUCAAGACUUACCUCACUCUACCCAAUUUCAGUUAACUUCACAAAUGUCACUACUUCAGUCACUCAUCCUUGAUUUCCCUCGCAAUCGGAGAUCCGCGCCAAAAACUACAACUCCCAGGGUUCUGUGCGUGCUCCGAGGUUGGGAUGGGGCUUUGAGGUCGAUUUCAGAGAAGAGAUGGCCGAGUCGGCUAGGUCUCCCCGACGGUCACUGUACAAACAGAUGGGCUCCCCACCCUGGAAAGAAGCCUUCCGGCAGAGAUGUCUGGCAAGAAUGAGAAGCAGCCGGGACAGGAUCCUGAACAAGUACCGCCAGGCAGGAGGCAAUAUGCCAGAGAGACCUCUGAACAACCUUCUAGUGCAAGAGGUGAUGGAGGAAGAGUGGAAUUCUUUUCAGGCAUCGCAGAACUGUCCAGAGGACUUGGCUCAGUUGAGGCUGUCAAUUGACUUGGCUGUGCUAGAGGAAAUCCAACAGGAGCUGAUUGAUGAAGAACAGUCCAUUAUUAGCGAGUAUGAGAGGAGAGUGCAGUUUGAUGAACAGUGUCUGAACAUCAUGCUAGCUGAGUGGGAAGCCAACUCCCUCAUCUGUCCUGUGUGUACAAAGUACAACUUGAGAAUAAUAGGACAUGUGGUGGUAUGUCAGUGUGGCCUACACAUCCCAUCUCAUUCUCCAGAGUUUACAGAACAGAAGCUCCGUGCCUGUUUAGAGACCAGUUUAAAUGAUCACGGUGCACACUGUCCCCAUACUCCUGAGUUUUCAGUCACUGAUGGAACAGGAGAAAAGCCCAGUCUUCUCAUGACCUGUCGGGUUUGUGACGCCUGGGCUGUGAUUCUGUAGCCUGAACUCAUCAUUCUGCUGGGUUGAAAACAACUUGUCCCCUCUGAGAAGAGGGUGUGUACUUACAGACCUUUAUUUGUAACUUAUUUUGUAUUAAAACUUUUCCAACACCUCUACUCUUGGUGUUUUGAUGCAGACUGAAGAAAUAGAAAAGCCAAACUACUUUGGAGGACAUAAAGCAAUUAUAAUGUCCAUUAUUACGUUAUA